UCUUCUCAUUCUAUUUUUCUUAAAUAGAAAUUAUUUUUUUGUAAUUGAUCUGUUACGAGUCGUUUUUGACCCAAAAGCAAUGUCGUUGAAACUAUCGAGUUGAAAUUCCACUUUCCAUUUUCUCUUCUAUAAUUUCACACUCCAAGCCUCCAAUUCUCAGUCAUUUCUCGAGCUCCGGUUCAACUUCCGGCGAAGUGCGAGACAGAAGGAAAUUAAUAAACUUAUAAACUAACGGAAAAACUAGUCAGGGAAGCGGUUUCAGUUAUCUAUUUGCUCUCUGUGUGUGUUUUGGUGUUAAUUUAGGGUUUUGGAGAGAUGAAAUCGCCGCUUAGUAAGUUCAGAGGAUUUAAGCUUCAUAAAAGCGAUGCUAAGGAUAAAAGAGAUUUUUCACCUCCUGCUCAGUUAGAUGAGCUCGCUCAGGCUGCUGAGGACAUGCAAGACAUGAGAAAUUGCUAUGAUAGCUUACUUGCUGCUGCUGCUGCAACAGCAAAUAGUGCAUAUGAAUUCUCAGAGUCUCUGCAGGAAAUGGGUGCUUGUCUAAUGGAGAAAACAAAAUUACAUGACGACGAAGAAUGUGGCAAACUUUUGCUAACGUUGGGAAAAGUGCAGUUAGAACUUCAGAAACUUGUCGAUAGCUAUCGGUCUCAUAUAUUCUUAACUAUUACAAACCCAUCAGAGUCUCUUCUCAAUGAACUUCGAACAGUUGAGGAUAUGAAACGACAAUGUGACGAAAAAAGAAGUGUCUAUGAAUAUACGGUGGCACAACAUAAAGAGAAGGGAAAGUCAAAAAGUGGCAAAGGUGAAAGUUCUACAUUGCAGCAACUGCGAACAGCUCAUGAUGCAUACGAUGAAGAGGCAACCCUGUGUGUUUUCCGGUUAAAAUCUCUGAAACAAGGGCAGUCUCGAAGUCUUCUCACGCAAGCAGCUCGCCACCAUGCAGCCCAGUUGAAUUUUUUCCGGAAGGGACUCAAAUCACUUGAGGCCGUUAAUGAUGAUGUAAAAUAUGUUGCAGAACAUCAACAUAUAGAUUACCAAUUUUGUGGACUUGAAGAUGAUGGCAGGGAGGAGGGUGGAGACGAUGAUGAUUUCGACGAUACAAAUGAAGGGAGGGAACUGAGUUUUGACUACAGAGCAUAUAGGCAGGGGCAUGAUGCUGUUCCCGCAUCAAUGAAUUCAAUGGAGGUGGAUGACGAGGACCUCUCAUUUCCCCAAGCUUCUACAACUACAGCAGAAAAUGCUGAGGCUCCAUUUAGAGAACCUCUACCAGGUAGCCAUUCUGCUCCGCUAUUGCCAGAAAGAAAGUCUGAUCCAAUUGAAAGGAUAAGACAGAUGCAAUCAUCAGCAAGGAAGUCCAACACAUACGUGCUGCCAACACCUAUUGAUGCAAAGAGUUCAAUCUCGUCAAAAACAAAUGCUUCAGUUGGCCACGCAAGGCCCACAGACCUCAGCGGACGCUCCCACAACUUGUGGCAUUCCUCCCCAUUGGAACAGAAGAAGCAUGAGAAAGAUCCUGGUGAUGGUCACUUGUCAGAGUUAAAAGUACGUCCCACACAUAAAGGGAGCAACAAUAACAGCCAUCCUCCCCUCAUGCCCCCUCGUUUAGCGGAAGGAGUUCCUUUUACACAUCUGGAUAUGUACAAUGUAUCAGACAACAAAAAAAUUAAACGGCAAUCAUUUUCUGGUCCAAUAACUAGUAAGCCAUGGUCAUCAAAGCCUGCUUUAUCUGGCAGUGGUUCCAUCUCCUCUAAUGAACCUUCCCAACAAGUUUUCGGUGUACCUUCUCGUGUGAUGAUUCCUCAAACUACAUCUCCAAAAGUAUCCCCGACUGCUUCACCUCCUCUUGCAUCUUCACCUAGAAUAAGUGAGCUUCAUGAGCUUCCGAGGCCACCAGGUAGUUUUGUCACCAAACCAGCAAAAUCAUCGGCAGCAAUUGGCCACUCAGCUCCACUUGUUAGAAAUCCUGAGCAUUCCGGAACAAUAAAGAUUUCUUCUGGAGCAGCAAAUCUGGCAUCACCUCUUCCAGUUCCGCCUUUGGUGGUCCCUCGGAGUUACUCAAUACCCUCCAGUAGUCAGAGAGGAAUGAUUAUACAUGUAUCCAAGUCCGUGGAGUCUCUGCAAGUCCCAAACAAGGCUGAAGAAGUUGACUCUCCCCCACUGACACCGAUUUCUCUUGCAAACCUUAAACAAGCUUCUAUACUAUCUGAAUUGGUUCCUCGUUCUAGUCAAAUUAGAGGUGGAGGCUGAUAUAUGGUUCAGAGUUAGAUGAAAUCGCUGAUAGAUUUUUUUUUCUGAGACUACUACUUGACGCUAUUUUUUUCGGGUCACAUCAUCUUCAAGCCGGGCACUGUAAAUAUUAUCUUGUAAGAAUUGUUUAGUUUCUCAUCAAUUUUUGUUGAUCGCUUGAUUUAUUAUGAUGAGAAUUAAUCUCUACAUAAUUGUGCAUUAUCACACAUCUUGUAUAUCUCCCAUUGAAAAAUUUUGUUUCUGGUUCCA